AUGCUCGACUAUGCUUCGCCGUCUCGUCAACACUCAACGUUUACCCGCCACGUCAUCCCUCCCACCCGUCACUGUUUAGGCGGUCCAGUUCAUCUUAGCCCAGUGACUGCGGCACAUGGCCCGGAUGGCGUCUGGUCUAGUGACAGCUGCUCGACCCGAGACCUUGCCCAGGGCCAACUCCAGCCUGGACCGGUCCUCCAACCACGGCUGGACCUCCGUGAUGAAGUGGACCCUUGUAGCGUCGUCCAUGAGCAUGUGAACGACGAGGAGCGCUGCCUCGUAGACGCGCACGGCAGGCUCAUCGUGCCCGACGACGCCGGCCCACACGGCGUCGUUGAUGAGGCCCUGGGCUCGGAACAGAACGGGGACCACUUGGGCAUGCCACACGGCGCCCGGGUGAGCCGACUUGUCAACGGGGGCGAACGGCUUAGCGCUGGGGUCGAGACCGAGCAGGCCAAAGGGGCGAAGAGGGCGGAGCAGAUGCGGUCUGUGGAGCUGUUGCUGGGGCCCAGCUCGGGGAGCUGCCUCAUUAUCGUUGUCGUUGUGAUUGUGGCUGUGGGCGCGACCGCGACUGUCGACGCUGGCAUGCCCCUUGCCACCAUGACUGCGUCGAUCCAACCCAGAACGACGCGCGUAUGCGUCAAGAGCUUGAAGGUGACCGCAAGCACGACGAGAAUAGAUGUACCGAGCCCGGCAAAAUCAACCAUCCAGAAACCAGUUGUCGAUGAUGGCGUUGAUCCACGGACGGUCACGGCACAGCCAGCGACAUACGAUUUAAGAGCAACAUCGCCCAUACUGCGGACCCAGUCGUGGCUUGGCUACGCCGGGAAGAGGAGAGAGGAGGAGCCAGAGGCGAAGGGGGCCUACGGCGUCCCCCGGAUUGUACAGGAACGAGCGGAAUCCGCACCAAACGUUUGGCAACGCAUCGGCCGUUUGGGCCAGCAAGCCUUCGACAAGACGGCCCAGGCGCUAUGGCAGAUGCUGUGGCCGCUGUUGGGCAGGCUGUUGCUCGCCCUGAUACUCGUCCGGGUUCUCGUUCAGGGCGUAUGGUGGGCUCGUCCAUUCCAGCAAUGGGGUUUCCGAGGCUUAGUCGUCCCGGAUGUCGCGACGACCAAAGCCAUGACAACGACGGCGACGGGGUCGGGGACAGGGAUUUAG